UCUUCCUGUAGGUGGGUGUUCGCUACCUGUGUGAAUGAAGCGAUUCGACACUGGAACUUAGCGAGCUCACAUUCUGGGAUUUUUUUUCGCUGGAGUUUUUACACCGCGGCCCUGGACUUAACUGUGGCAACCGCGUAGAGACAUUUUGCGUUCUGUGUUAGUUUUUGUAUUUUUAUUUUCGACAUAAGGAGGUAGCACUCAGUGCUGCCGUUAGCCUAUGCUAACUCGCGUUCAGUUUCGCUGUCCAGCGGUUUUCCUGCUCUCGUUCUGGGGGAAUUAACGCAGACCCUGUCGAGUCAAACCAUGGAGUGUUGACGGAGUUGAAGAGUGCACUAACAUCAGAAAAUUUCGCUACAAAACACUUAUGCCAAAGUCAGAGGUGUCUCACUACUGCAUGUAGCAUGUUAGCGGUUUGGCUAAUGAGUGGCAGGUGAUAUUGAACUCUAAUAGGAGAGAUAUCCUUCGAAUUCAGUCGAGAAACUGAGAAAAUAGAUUAAAUAUAAUAUUUGCGUUCCGUCUGUUUGGUUUUGAUGUAUUACAGGUCGAUUCAGGCUAUAAUUUUGUCGUUCAGCGUUAGCGCUGUUGCUGUCGAAACACACGGUUUGUUUACAGUUCUAAAAAUAUUCACGUCCCAUUAACGCUUCCAUUGAAGUGCUAUUGAACCAUUUGCUGGACAUGUAUCUCUCUACUGUCAUUUGGUAAGGCUCAAUAUAAUGUCAGAGCUGCUUCAGGCAACAUAUCAUACCAAUGCUAACAUUAGCUGUAUGUUAGCAUGUUAAAUUGUAUGGUUUAAAGCCAAAUCCACUGAGGUAUUUGUCAGCGUUCUUUUAUUUAAAUGAGUAUUGCUUACAGAGGAUGCUUAGUGUUUUUCCUCCUCCAGCUGUAGAGAUUAGCUACUGCCAUAGAGGGAAAGUUGAGAUAAUAUUAUGAUUUUUUUAGGCCUGGAGAUGGCUGUAGGUUAAAAGAAAUCACCAGUCAGUUAAGAUAUAAGACUCUAAAUGGUGUUAUACUUGCAUAUCUCUUGUUGGAGAAAGGGAAAGUUUACAGAUAUGUUCAGAAAAACUAGAAAUUGAAUUCUCAGGACUCUGAAGCUGUAUACCAUAUUUUCAGUAGUUACAAAAGCAAAGAAAGCCAAUGAAGAUAUUAAAACUCACUGCCUGUCUUUUCUCUGCUUUGCCUAUAAUAGUGUGAAGAUUGCAGGUGUUCAGUGAUCUUAUACAUAUCCAUUAUCAUCUCUAAAUUUAGAUAAAUAUAUAAUCGUACCCUAAACGAAACCUGAAUACUUAUUUGAAUUUUCUAGAAAACCCAUGUUAGGCUACUUUAUCUUAAUUUAGACAACCAUCUCAUGCCUUAGUAACAUGCCACAGACAGGUUAAAAUGAGCAUGUUCAAAAUAGCCUAUUGUUCUUAUGCCAUCAGAACAGCUCAUUUAUUUUUGGAAUUGUGUUUGUUUAAAGUGCUGGAAAGUCGUAAAGAAACCAAACCAAGCAGUUCUGAUGAAUCCUCAGGGUGAAUGUUUUCAUGUAGCCCUUUGGUCACAGCUGUGCCAAAAACUCUUGAUGUACUUCACUACAAACAGGGGUCUGCCGGAGGAGCAUGCAAGCAAACCUGAUACUAAAAGAACACAGGUCUGAAGUUGUUUUGGAACGUCUCGCUUUCUGCUAAUUUUUUUCAUUACCAGUCUGAGAAAAGUCCAUCCUGAGGUUCCCAAUGGAAGUACUGCACUAGAAACUUUGACCAGGGAAACUACAAGAUCUCUGGGUUUUCUCACCCAGAAGCGAUAAGAUGGGCUCUCAGGCUCUUCAGAUAUUGCGGCAGGGAGUGUGGGCUUCUCUGACCGGAGGAUGGUAUGUGGACCCUCAUCAGAGUACCUUCUCAAACUGCUUUCAUCUCUACCUCUGGAUAUUCCUCUUGGCCUUCCCAUUUCUUCUGUACAUGGCCCUUCCUGCCAGUUUAGUGGUGGCUGGUGUGUACUGUGCUGUGAUAGCGGCCUUCUUUAUGGCCAUAAAAGCAGUGAAUUUUCGACUGCAUGCCAUGUUUGACCUGGGUGAGAUUGUGGAGAAGAGGCAGGCCUCGUUCACCACAGACCCCAAUAGAGUGGAAGAAGGAGAGGAAGGCUCUGUUGCUCAUGAUGGAAGCCAACGCAGGGACAGUGGUGUGGGUGUGGAAAUGACAGUGUUCCGAAAGGUGAACUCCACCCCUCCUGUACGCUGCAGUUCUCAGCACUCGCUGUUUGGAUUAAACCAGGUGUCGGAAUUUUUACCACAGCUUGAAGACCCUGGAGGCUCCAAGGAUAUUAAAGAGCUCAUGCAGGAGGAGCAAGGCAGUAGUAAUGUGAUGGUGACCUCUGCACAUAGAGAUGUCCUUCGACACAACUCUCAGGACAACACUAGUGUGGCACUAUCCUGCAUGGCUGGGGAUUACAGAGGGCUAAUUGGUGUGGGUGAUGUAUUGUCGGGAGGGUUUAGUAACCUGCACCCAACAAACUGUCCUUCCAUCCCACCAUCCCCAUCCAGCCAAGAAGAUGGAAAUGAGAAGGACCAUGUGGAUAAUGGGGGUGUGGAGCAGCUGUCUCAGAGGAACCCCGAUGGGGAGGGUCUAAGAGGCUACUCCCGCCUUGGACCUUCAGCUGAGUCUGAGAGUCUGGGAGAUGCUCCUCUCAGCCCUCUCAUCAAGAGUAGCUUGAGUGAGGAGCUAAGCGAGAACUUGCUGGGUUUGGGCCUUGACCCAGUGACUUUUGCCCCUGGUGCUGAGCACCCAGGCAGCCGCACCGGGAUUGCCCUUGCUGCAGGCUCCACUGACAGCUGCUACAGUGGAGGUGGAGCUGCCACGGACAGAGAGACUCUUAGUACGGUCAGUAGCUACCGCAGUGAGAAAACUGACUCAACCCAGCUUGAGAGCCCUUCAGUGGGCCAGACGCAUAAACCUGGGUCUAAUGCUCCUUUCACAGCAUUGCAUCAAGGUAAAGGCCCCUAUCAGCAGCCAGGAGAUGUAAUCCAGGGCGGUAGUGACACGGAUGACCUAUCAGACAGCGUGCUGUUACGCUCACCCUCCAAAGAGCUCUCCUCUGGGCAGGGCCUGGACAGAACUCUGGUGGAGGGGGAGGACCUUCCCCCUUUGCUUACAGACAUUGCACAGCCCUCCUUGGACUCAUCACUGUCUAGCAGUGGGCCUUCGGAGACCUGCGAUCUUGAUGGUGGCAUCCCCAUACCCCCUCUUCCUCCUCCACGCCAGGCCAGCUCUGUAUCGUCAGGGUUGGCACUGGGCUUGGUCUGCUCAGAGCCAGCUCUGCCGGUCUCUGCCCCUUCCUACCUCCUAGCAGAGCCACCAUCUCUGCAAGCGCAGCAGCAAGUGGUGCGACCUAAAGAUCUGAAGCUGCUGCGUGCCGGCGGCAGUAUAGGUCACCGACCCGGUCGCAGGAAAGCUCCCCGUAAACGAGGCACUGCUGGCAGUAGCAGUUUCGACUGUGGCUCCUACCGCCGGCACCAAAACCGUGGGCAACACAGAGACUACAUCCCUGUACGCAGCCGGCUAGGUGCCAAAGCCUACAGUGAGAGCUUGUUUGAGGACUCCAGCGAUGAAGAUGAUGGCAGUGACAUGAGUGCAGGUUCUAGUCUAGGAUCCCAACACCACUUCAGCUCUGACGAUGAAGACGAUGAUGAAGAUGAUGAUUCUAGCUCCUCUACCUCCUGCUACUACCCUGAUCUAACGAAUACCGGCAUCACUUCCCAACCCGUCCCCCCUCAACUACCUAGCCCUGGAGAGGGGGAGGACCCUGACACAGUGGGACCCUCCCAUUCUCGCAGUGCUCAGCGCUCAGCCAGCACAGCUAGUGCCAAGACUCAUGCCAGAGUGCUAAGCAUGGAUGGUGCCGGUGGAGGCUCCAACAACACAGAGACUCUUGCGUCUACUAUGCUACCUUUACCUCUUUCUUCUGCUCCUGCCCCACGUCCACUCACCAUCUCUAAAUCAGAUCUGGAGGCUCGGACACUGCACUCAGAGGGCUUCUCAAGGGCCCACCAUAGACUAGACUCUCUUGGAGGCUCCUGGGCUGGGAACCAGACAGGCUGGAGGGCAGGAGAGCUGCUAGAAGAGGGGGCAGUAGGAGGAGCCCCAGAGGAGGGUAGUAAGCGUGACUCUGUGAGCAGUGUAAAAAGGACGCAGGCCAUUCGCAGGCGUCAUAAUGCUGGUAGUAACCCCACCCCGCCCCCUUCUGCCAUGGGCUCUCCUCCAAGUCUUCAAGACCUUCAGAGAGUCCGGACUUCCUCUCAUUCUCGCACACGAACACUCCCCUCUGCUUUGCACUUCGCUGCCUCAUCCUUGCUGCUGCUGCCCCGAAGCGGUGUUCAUGAGGCAUCCACCUUUGAUGACACCACAGAGGGUGCUGUGCACUACUUUUAUGAUGAGAGUGGAGUAAAGAGGUCUUAUACUUUUGGACCUGCUGGUGGAGGAUAUGAGGACCCAUUCCAGGAGCGGGAGCGAGAGCGAGAGCGACAGUCACAGUCCUCUAGCUUUACCUCCACUGAUGUGCAGGAGUUGGCGCCAGUGCUGUCUAUGCUGCAGCCAAGGCCGGUGGUCCUCCAGGGCAUGCAGGUCCGCAGGGUGCCUCUGGAUAUGCCAGAGUUUGACCUAGACCAUGAGUCCCCUCAUGAAUCCCAAGAGAACACACUGAUGAUCGAGGAAAAGGCCAAGCCUAAACAUUAUUACCGUUUCUGGGUGCUGCCGGGGAAAUGGCUAAGAGUUCGUUAUGACAGGCUUGCUUUGCUAGCCCUACUGGACAGGAACCGACGCAUAAUGGAGAAUGUGUUUGCGGUGGUGUUGGCCAGCUUAGUGGCAUUCCUUGGCUUCCUGUUACUAUUCCAGGGCUUCUUUAGGGACAUCUGGGUCUUCCAGUUCUGCCUAGUCAUUGCCAGCUGUCAGUACUCUUUGUUAAAGAGUGUGCAGCCUGAUGCGGCAUCUCCGAUGCAUGGCCAUAACUGGAUCAUCGUGUACAGCCGACCAGUGUAUUUCUGCUUGUGUUGUGUGCUGAUCUUGAUAUUUGACCUGGUUGGCCACUCAGACAGUAUGCUGCCUUUCACCCUCUAUGGGGUCACCUUCUUCUCCGCCCAAUUUCUGCUCUGCGCUAGGGACAUGCUCAUAGUGUUCACCCUCUGUUUUCCCAUCAUCUUCCUGUUUGGGCUUCUACCUCAGGUCAACACGUUCCUCAUGUGUUUGUUUGAACAGGUGGACAUGCACAUUUUUGGUGGAACUGCAACCACAAGCCCCCUGUCUUCAGUCUAUAGUCUGUUGCGCAGUAUAUUGGUGGCGGCUCUGGUCUAUGGAUUUUGUCUUGGUGCCAUCAAUGCUCCGUGGGGAGAGGCACAUGUCCCGGUGCUCUUCUCUGUGUUCUGUGGGCUCCUCCUGGCCUUGUCCUAUCAUCUGAGCAGGCAAAGCAGUGACCCGACCAUCCUCUGGUCUCUGAUCCGCUCCAAGUUCUUCCCAGAGCUGGAGAGCCGAACACCGGAAGAGCCCCCAAUAGAGAUUAAAGACCCUCUUCCAGAGAAAUUGCGCAAUUCUGUGAAAGAGACUCUUCACUCAGAUCUGGUCAUGUGCCCUCUUAUGGCCAUUAUCACCUUCGCCAUUAGUGCCAGCACCGUCUUUAUUGCUCUGCAGCCUGCUCUCAGUUUCGUCCUGUACAUCUUGGCUGGGGUGGUGGGGUUCUCCACACACUACCUCCUGCCUCAGCUACGCAAACAGCUGCCCUGGUUCUGCUUGGCCCACCCUGUGCUGCGCUCCAGAGAAUACAGCCAGUUUGAGGUCCGAGAUGCGGCUCAGCUCAUGUGGUUUGAGAAGCUGUAUGCAUGGCUGCAGUGUGUGGAGAAGUAUUUCAUCUACCCAGCUGUAGUUCUCAACUCCCUCACAACUGAAGCUCACACUGUCAGCCAAAACCAUGACAAACCUGGAGCCUAUGGCCGUGCUCUAUUCAUCUCAGUGGCUGGAAUGAAGCUGCUUCGUACGUCCUUCUGUGUCCCGUCUCAGCAGUAUGUCACUCUGUGCUUCACCGCCCUCUUCUUCCAAUUCGACUACCCACGUUUUUCACAGACCUUCCUCCUCGACUACUACUGCAUGUCCAUCCUCUUCAGCAAGCUGUGGGAUCUGCUGUAUAAGCUGCGUUUUGUGCUGACCUACAUUGCACCUUGGCAGAUCACAUGGGGUUCUGCUUUCCACGCCUUCGCUCAGCCAUUCGCCGUUCCCCACUCAGCCAUGCUGUUUGUGCAAGCUGUGUUUUCAGCUCUUUUUUCCACUCCUCUCAACCCUGUGUUGGGCAGUGCUGUUUUUGUUACUUCAUACACCCGGCCUGUGAAGUUUUGGGAGCGAGAUUACAACACCAAACGAGUGGAUCACUCCAACACACGUCUGGCCACACAGCUGGACCGUAACCCUGGUGCUGAUGACAACAACUUGAACUCUAUCUUCUACGAGCAUCUGACACGUUCUUUGCAGCACUCGCUGUGUGGGGACCUUCUGCUGGGCCGCUGGGGAAACUACAGCACUGGAGACUGCUUCAUCCUGGCAUCCGACUACCUCAAUGCUCUCGUACACAUCAUUGAGAUCGGCAACGGCCUCGUCACUUUCCAGCUCAGAGGCUUGGAGUUCAGAGGAACAUAUUGCCAGCAGAGGGAGGUGGAGGCGAUCACUGAAGGGGUGGAGGAAGAUGAAGGCUGUUGCUGCUGUGAGCCAGGUCAUCUCCCCCACAUGCUCUCCUUUAAUGCGGCCUUUGGUCAGCGCUGGUUGGCUUGGGAGGUAGCCGCCACCAAAUACGUCCUGGAGGGCUACAGCAUUAGCGACAACAAUGCAGCUUCCAUGCUUCAAGUAUUCGACCUGCGCAAAAUUCUCAUCACAUAUUAUGUCAAGAGUAUCAUCUACUAUGUGACCCGCUCUCCCAAACUGGUGGAGUGGUUGGCCAAUGAGACAGUGCAGGAAGUGUUGCGGCCUUGCCUCAGCCCUUCCUACGUGGAUAGUGACCCCACCUUUAAUCUGAACAUAGAUGAAGACUACGACCACCGUGCUUCUGGCAUCACUCCAGCUUCCUUCUGUCUGGUGUACCUGGAGUGGAUUAAAUACUGCAACAGCCGCAGACAAACGCCAGUUGAGAGUGAGAAGGAUUCCCCUCUGGUCACACUGUGUUUUGGGUUGUGUAUUCUGGGCCGUCGAGCUCUGGGCACUGCCUCACACAGCAUGUCAGCCAGCUGGGAGCCUUUUCUCUACGGCCUUCAUGCCCUGUUCAAGGGCGACUUUCGUAUCACCUCUCCUAGAGACGAGUGGGUUUUUGCAGACAUGGACCUGCUGAACAGGGUGGUGGCUCCAGGUGUACGGAUGUCCCUCAAACUGCACCAGGAUCACUUCACCUCUCCUGAUGAGUAUGAGGACCCAGUGGUGCUGUACGAUGCCAUCACUGCUAAUGAAGAGAAGAUGCUCAUCUCUCAUGAGGGCGAUCCUGUCUGGCGCAGUGCUAUUCUGGCUAACAUGCCUUCUCUGCUUGCUCUCCGCCAUGUUAUGGAUGAAGGCAGUGACGAGUACAAGAUCAUCAUGCUGAACAAACGCUUCCUUAGCUUCAGAGUCAUCAAGGUAAACCGGGAGUGUGUGCGCGGGCUAUGGGCUGGACAGCAGCAGGAGCUGGUCUUCCUGCGGAACCGGAACCCUGAACGCGGUAGCAUCCAGAAUGCCAAGCAAGCCCUGAGGAACAUGAUUAACUCAUCUUGUGACCAGCCUAUUGGAUACCCCAUCUACGUCUCCCCACUCACCACCUCCUACGCGGGGGCCCAUGUCCAGCUACGUUCAGUCUGGGGAGGCCCCAUCAGCCCCCACAACAUUUACACCUGGUUCAUCAGCAGCUGGGACAGGCUUCAGAAGGGAUGUGGUGCUGGAUGUAACAGUGGGGGGAAUAUUGAUGAUUCAGACUGUGGUGGCGGCUCUACCUCCAUCAGUAACAACCCUGCAGCUCAUCCUCCCCAGAACACAGUGUCCAGCAUCACUCAGCCUCAUCCCACUACUGUACAGCCCUUGAUGGGGACUGACAACCCAGUUGGACCUUCCUGGCCGCUGCAUCCCCAGCCCCUCACACUUGCCCUACUCAGCCAAUCAGAGGGCAGGAUGGAUGCAGGGCUGGUUAGCUCCUUACACCGAACCUCUUCCAUCCAUGGGCUUUUAGGGCAACACCUGUCCAGCUCCCAGCUGUCUUUCAGUAGUUCAGUGGCCCUGCCCCUUGCAGACCGCUUCUGCCCCAGUAGCCUGCAGGACAACCCCAGUCACAGGGCAUCUCAGAGGGGCCUGGGCCAGGGCAGCGGGCUGCCCUAUGAGGCCCUGUACAGCAAAUGGAGCCUUCCAGGGAGGAAAGGAUUUAACGGACCUGCUGUAAUGGAAGGGGAUGGCUCAGCAUCACAGAGCAUACGCACACAGCCUUUGCAGCCUCCCCUCCCCGUCCUGCCCUCUGAUGUCAGCCCAACACUGGAUCCAACGGGGGCAGUCAUACCCUCUGAGACCUUGCCCCUUACAUCAUCAGACCCGCCCAGUGCACGGGAGGAGUCUACAGAGCUGCCUUUACUUGAGCACCUCCGCUGAGCCUGCACAGCACGACUAGUACAGCUGGGAUCAGCCCAUGAUCAUCCUCGCCAUCCAGAGAGCGAGCUAGGAGGAAGUCGAGCUGACCUUAUCAACCUUUUUUAUAAUUAAAGCAUCUUCAGUCA